AUGGGAAAAAGUAUAUUUAAAAAUCAAACACCAGAAACAGUUUCUAAUGAACUUGAAGUGAAACGCCAAAAGCAAGAGUGCAAGCUUGAAAUGGAGAGUUUCAAAUUACCUAGCGAUCAGAUAUUUAAAAUUAUUCAGACACCAAAGACAUAUUCUACUGAACUUAAAAUAAAACGUAUUAAACCUGGUAAUUACAAUUAUCAACAUAAACUUAAGCUUGGAAUAAAACGUUCAAAUUCAUUACCUAACAAACCCCAACAAAAGACAAAAUUUAAAAAUAACCAAACACCAAAGACAUUUUUAGAUAGAGCUAUUUCAAAACAUUGCCGUUCAUUAAGUUCUCUUGAAGUAAUGCAACAAACAAUAUAUCAACCUCAAAUUGUUAAGGAGACUAAAUUAGAUUCUUCUACGCAAACUUCUGGAAAGAACUAUGCUGAUAUAACAUUACAUUCUAAUCGUGGAGUUAAUGCUGGCCUAUGGGAUUUACAAUCUAAAGACUUUUCUCGAUAUAGACUUUAA